AUGAAAUCUUAUCUCCAAUGUCUUCAGCUCCAUCAGUAUAACCAAUCUCCCUGUAAACAUAUAGCAAAAGCAUAUCUUCAAUGCCGCAUGGAUUCCGCCCUUUUUCAUCCCCGUGAAUUACAUAAUCUUGGAUUCCACGAAAUACCUUCUGAGCAUACAGAAUCUCAUCAGAAUAACCAUAGAAAAAUUCUUUAUAACAACAUCCACUUCAACUUAAAACACAGUAUAUCUACUGUCCCCGUUCAGCUAAUGCAAAACACUAUGGAUACCGCGAUACGCGUCUUUUCUAUUGAACUACUCGAUACUAAUCUUGUGCUUGAUGAAAUGGAACCGCCUGAAGAAAUCGAAGGAACAAGUAGUAGUAUGCUAUAUCAGACACAAUUAAGUGCACUCUGCCAGUGA